AUCCUGAUGGAUUCCAAUUCAUUAAACCCAAUCCGGAUUCUGAGCGAUGGUUUGUGUGUAUACAACCCGAUAGACGUAUACUCCACACACUGCGAGUCCGAUGCCACGUAUUAUCCCUUUGAUACGCAGGAGUGCGAAAUACAAAUAGCAGCCUGGGCGUAUACAGUUGACGAGAUUAGUCUGGAGUGGAUCGACGGGGGUCUGGAUAUGUCGUUUUUCAACGAGAAUGGUGGAUGGGUAUAUAAAAAUUACGAAAUCACAACAUCCGUGAGUUAUCGUGGUUCCACGUCAUUCCCUGUCGCUAUUCUUAAAAUGUACUUCAAACGGAGACCACUGUUUCAGGUAAUUAACACUGUUACACCAUGUGCGAUGCUGGCUUUCCUGAUUACCAUGGCGUUCAAGUUGCCACCAGACAGUGGAGAGAGGAUGGGGUUUUCUCUGACAGUGCUACUAGCCUACGCAGUCUACCUAACCAUUGUUUCUGCAAAUUUACCGACCACCUCCCUCACCACCUCAGUAUUGUCUAUCUACUUGCUAUUGACAUUAACGGCAGGAACACUGUCCAUAGGAGCAUCAAUUAUGGUUCUUCGUUGUCACUGUAAAAAAGAAGACGAACCAGUGCCAUCAUGGAUCCAGAAAAAGUACAACGGAUUCUUAGGAAAAUUUGCUGGAGUGACCAAAUCGGCAUCUUAUGCAAAAGUUCACAACAUUGCAUGUGUAGAGGUAGCAGAGUUAGAUACCAAAAAGAAAAUCAAAACAGACGUCGGAAAUAAACAGGAGAUCAUGUCAAAUACCGCUACAUCAGUCAAUACGGAAAAAACUAUUCCUGACUGGCCGAAAGUAACCGUUUUCCUUGAUGAGUUCUUUUUCAGGGCAUUCUUUCUGUUCACAGUCAUAGAACAAGUUCUCUUUCUGGUAGUUUUUCUCUUUGGGUAUAUCAACCAUUAG